AUGUUGAUAAACUAUGACUACGAUACAUUAGCUGAUAUUAAAACAAAAGCUAACAAACUACGUGAUGAUCCUCAAAUAGGUCUUGAUAUUCGACUUCAGUUAUGGAAAGAAACUGUUCAUGUUAGACGUAAAGCUAUACGUAAUCAAGCAACAUCGGAAAUUCUCCAAGAAUUUCCUGGAUAUAAAGACCCCGUCCUGACACCAUCAACUCCAUAUCCAACAAUGGUAUUUGAUGAUAAUGUUAUUUAUAUCUAUUUGGACUUUCUUCCGAUCGUUUCAACAACAUCACCUGAUGAUGGUUUAGCACUUUUACUAGCAAUUUAUCUCAUAUUCGAAUUGAACUUUCCUAAAACAAUCGACCGAUACGCUUUCUAUAUUCCAUUAUUUUUGGUGAUACACGAUUUAUUUCGAAUAAGAUGCGUAACUUAA